UAAGUCGGUAAUAUUUCUCCACAAUUUUAAUUUCGCAAUUAUGGACGCACUAUUAGCACGCACAUACAUCAACCAUAAUUAUUUUAGUGAAUCUGAACAUGUAUUUCCGCCGGCUGUAAAAUGAAUCUAGUUGACGCUAUUGUAUCAACUAAAAAAAGCAUGAAAAACAGCAGCGUGAUCUCCUUCUCUAUCCUUAUGUGUCACUUUUGUAUAAGUUUAUGAACGACUGAUAUUUUUGGCGGUAUUUGAUACUUAACCUAAUGAAGUAGUGUGUAUAUAAAUCGUCCAAAAGAAGUUCAAAAAGAACACAGAAGAAUUUAACGAAAAUGAUCAUACCGAUUAAAAAAAAUGGAGUUACAGAAGAGUGGGCUAUCAUAGAUCUGCAAGGCGAUUUAAAAUUUGAAAGAAUCGAAAAUUCAGAUAAUCAAUUAAUUGGCGACCUUCAUUUUACAAAAGCAGGAGUACCUAUUUUGAUUAUUGGAAUUCAUGUACUACAUGGGAAGGAAAUAACACUUGAAAAACCUUUAGUUGUAUUAGAAAAGCAUCGUGAAAAUAUAAGAGAUGAAACAAUUGGAGAGGAAGAUCAAACUGUAAAGACAAAAUACACUGUAAAGGCUAUUGUAAAGAAGAAACUUCUAUUUAAAUCAAGACCAAAAUCUAUAGUAACUAAUGUUCCAAAACCAUGUUAAUAUAUACAUAUCACAUGUGAAUUUAACUGUAUAAUGCUUAAUAUUUUAAUUGCUUGUUGAUUUAACAAAAGUAAUUUUAUUAGUCCAAUUAUGUUAAUACUUAAUAAUAUAAGGAUAAAAUAUAAUACUAAACUUAAGCUUAAUAUA